GUUUUGCGGUAAGUGAAAAUUUGCCGUAAACCAAUACAAUUGAACACAGAGUUGCCGGAGUCCUGCUGAUUCAUAUGUGCAAUGGCGACAACUAUUGUGAAUGGAAUGGACACUACAGGAGUAUUAAAACAAGUCGCGACCAUGUAUGAGCAGCUUAAAGCAGAAUGGCACAAGAAGAAUCCUAGUCUAAAUAAAUGUGGAGAUAUUCUUGGCAAAUUAAAGGUAGCUCUUUUGGAACUGAACUUCUUGCCUACGUCAGGAUCAAAACUUACAAAGCAACAACUUAUAUUAGCUAGGGACAUUCUAGAAAUUGGAGCACAAUGGAGUAUAUUGAAGAAAGACAUUCCGUCAUUUGAGAGAUACAUGGCGCAGCUUAAAUGUUACUAUUUUGACUAUAAGGAUGAACUACCGGAGUCUGCAUAUAAACAUCAGCUAUUAGGGUUGAACCUCCUCUUCUUGCUGUCACAGAACAGAGUUGCAGAGUUUCACACUGAACUGGAGAGACUCUCUGCAAAAGACAUUCAGACGAAUGUGUAUAUAAAACACCCUGUUUCUCUAGAGCAGUAUCUAAUGGAGGGAAGUUAUAACAAGGUUUUUUUGGCCAAAGGAAACAUCCCAGCGGAGAGUUAUAAUUUCUUUAUUGAUAUACUGCUAGACACAAUAAGGGAUGAAAUUGCUGGCUGUAUUGAGAGAGCCUAUGAGAAAAUUCUUUUUAAUGAAGCAACUAGGAUACUAUUUUUCAACACACCCAAAAAGCUGACAGAGUAUGCUAAAAAGAGGGGCUGGGUACUUGGACCAGAUAACUACUACAGUUUUACCUCCCAACAGCAGAAGCCAGAAGAUACGACAAUUCCAUCAACAGAGCUAGCAAAACAAGUUAUUGAAUAUGCUAGGCACUUAGAAAUGAUUGUUUAGAUUAGAAAUGUAUUUUAAAUUUCUUUUUGUAUUCUGCCAUCAGUAUCAUUUUUUCUAAUUUGCCCAUUUUUUCUUCUCUCUGUUUAACCAUAUGUAUUUAACAUAUUUUAGACAAAAGGUUGGACCAUUUUACCUAUUGAUAGCUGUAAAAGUAUUAAAAACUACUCCUGCCCUCUGAAGUAUCGAGCAAGACAGGUUUCCAUCUGCUUAUUUUUGACCUGUUAACACUGUUCAUAAAGCAGUAAAAGAAAGAUACUGGAGUUCAGUCAA